CAUCUCUGAGGCGGGGCGACGCGGAGGUCCAGGUGUUGUGGAGGUAUGGACUGUAACUGCGUCAGUGAUUUGCUGCUCCCUCCGGUGCCAGCACUCUGGACGCCAGGGUUCGCCUUCCCAGACUGGGCCUACAAGCCCGAGUCGAGCCCCGGGUCCAGACAGAUCCAGCUGUGGCACUUCAUCCUGGAGCUGCUGCAGAAGGAGGAGUAUCAGGGGGUGAUCGCGUGGCAGGGCGACUACGGAGAGUUUGUCAUCAAGGACCCAGACGAGGUGGCUCGGCUGUGGGGGAUAAGGAAAUGCAAACCUCACAUGAAUUACGACAAGCUGAGCAGGGCGCUGAGGUAUUACUACAAUAAGCGCAUUUUGCACAAAACCAAAGGAAAGCGUUUCACCUACAAGUUUAACUUCAGUAAGGUGGUGUUGGUGAACUACCCCAUCCUGGACAUGGCCAACUCUCCCUUCUUCCUGGCCCAGAACCACUUCAAUGGGGGCUCCACGGCACCAGACUGCACCCCAGAGGCCAUACAGUCCCUGUUUCCUCGUUUACCAGACUCUGGCAGGGGAACAUCCCUGUUUGAUCGAGGCACCACUGCACCAGGGCCCGAAGGAGACAAGCUGAGGCUGGAUGCAUUCCCCUUCCUCGGUUCAGGUGCCCCGUGCUACACCAAACCCCCGUCCCUGCUGGGCCCGUACCCUCGCAACCCACCCUUUGACUACCCCUGGGGCUUCAACCCUUACCUCCCAGGGGCCUUCUCUCUCAAUAACUGCCCCAAACUGCCCCCUGGCUCCCUCUACCCCUCCCAGUUUUACCCCAACCCUUUGCAGAGCAGCCUUUCCCAGCUGCCUCACCCCUUCUCCUCCCUGCUACCCCCAGCAGAGGCAGGUGGGGGUGAGAGGGGAGCGGCAGGGCAAACCGGAGGGACAAACGGCACAGCGGGUGGUCAGCCAGUCAGACUCUGCCUGCCACCGUACCCGGGGACCCUGACGAUGGGUCGGACGGACAUUGGCAACGGGGCGGCAAUAGGGGAGAGGGAAAGGGUGGAGGCCAACACUCCAGGUGUGGGGCUGAAUUUGGGGCUGGGAGCGGUCGGCGUGGGAGCCGGGACUGGGACGGGCCAGCAGAGCCCCACAGAGAGGAGAGGAGGGAUGAAGCAGGACCCAGAGUCAGACUCAGACCUGGAGAUCACAGAUCUGAGCGACUGCAGCUCGGAGAACGAAAACGAGCAUGAAUUCGGCAUCAGGAAGGAAUCCAGCUUGGCGACCCGAUCACAGAUAGUGCUGGAUGGAAAGAAAGGGAGCGUGCUGCCACCCAUCUCCUCUCUUCCCCCGACAGUGUCCCCGCAUCCUCUGAAGAGCCUGAUGCCCAUCAGUCCCCCGCCCCCGUCCCUUCCUCCGUCACUUUCCCCCUCCAUGGCUCUGCAUGAAAGACACAGGGAGACAGAGACUCUCAAAAUGAUACACAGCUAAUACAUUUUCUCCCGCGUCCACCAUCUUGCCCGUCUGUGCUCUGAUAACUCUCUUUUUCUCUUCUUUCUUUUCUCGGAGACACUUUUCUGUGUUAAAUUGUCAACUCCACAAUCACUUUCGAUAGAUACUUUUUUCCAGGAAAGGCAGUUAUGUUCUAUACUUCUGAAAUUACUGUUUCCCUGUUUGCUGUGUAAGUUUUUAACUUGCCCACAGUCCAUUACACCACCGUCUCUCGUCCAUCUCAGAAUAUAUGGGGCGUACAGUUUUCAGAGUAUCGGCUGUCUGCAUCGCCAUCUUGUCCUUUCUGUUUUGAUCUCUCACACCAAAUGAUCGCUCCAUGCUUUGUAGACUUGUUUUACGCGUUGCCAGCAGGACUCUACAAUUUGCUGUCUGCAGCCGAGCUAUGAUAGAAGGCACUGAGGUGGUAAAUUGCAACACAGCAAUGCCUGCCUUGACAAACAUUAACAAACAACAUCCCUAUACUAACAGAACAGAACAACAAAUAAUGCUCAGAUCGAUCCAAUUUUACAGAUUUGUCCUGUAAUUCUUGAGAUUUGGACUAUAUAUAUAAAUAUAUAAUCACUAUGACUUUUGAGACAUAGUCAAAUACUGCCACCCAGUGGUCCUUUCACUCAAUGUCUCCUUCAUCAUCUUCCUCCGUAAUCCUGUGAGUACAAUUGUUGCCCCUGAGUUUAUUUUGCACUUACUUUUAUGUGAUAUUGUUUCUUGCAGGUUAAUUUAAAUGUUGAAACCCAUAUUUUUUAAUAGUGUUACCUGUGAUAGUCUGUGAAUAUUUAUUUUGUCCUGUGGUUCAAGUAUCUUUCUGCACAUUUUCUAAAAGGAAAGAAAAAGAGAGCAGAGGGAGCCGGACCAACCUAGAAAUUUGUAUGAAUAUUUCAGUGUAUAUAUUUUAUUAUGGUGUACAUUACAUUUAAUUAUUAUUCACUAUGAUAAGAUUUAGCUGUAUUGUUGUGAUUUAAUUCAGUAUUUAAACAUGUUGGAAAAAUUAUAAGCUUAGGUGUAUCAAAGUUUAAAUUAUUAAUGGCAGACGAUCUGCACUCUGAAGAUGUUUUUCUAUGAUGAGGACAGAGUUCACACUGGGAAUUGUGUCUGAUUUUCUCGACCCCAAUUAAUUGUGCCCUUCGGUCAUUUUUGCCAGACGCCCAACGUACGAACCCUUUGGGUUAAAAAAUAUGCCGGUAGACUUAUUUUUAUAGUUAGCAUUCACCCAGUGUAACUGUACUGUAAUUAGUCAAAUGUGAAUAAUAUUGGUCUUUGCAUUUUCUUUUUUAAAUCCUUCCCCGAAAAUCUGUUUUGAUUAUUUUUCAAUCAGUACUUUUUGUCCAUGCCAGCAGCAGAGCAAUCGGUUUUGCUUGAGGACAUUAAAAGAAAAAAAGAAAACUGUUUACGUUUGCAAAUCUAAUGACCAACGUCCCUCCUGCGGCCCCGUCUCUCAGCACAGAGUGAACACUACACCAUAUUGUACAGCUUCAUAGCCUUUAUAGCCUAUGGUUUGUCAAACAGUGGCGGUAUACGAUUAGUUGUGAAAGCUCUAUUGUAAAGUUAAUGUAAAGCUCUAUGUUUGUUGAGUUGCUACGGGAAAGGCCUCCAGUCACCUCCACGUGGAGUUCACGAAACUAACAGCUGUAAAUACUGUUUCCUUUGUGUGUGUAUG